AUGUCAGGCAGCUAUCGCAUAGGACAGCUUUUCAAGGGGAGAUUGGACAGUUACACGGUCGCCAAAAAGGUGCGGGACACCAUCUGGCUUGCCAAAGAUCAGACUGGAUCGCCGGCUGUAAUCAAGUUUGCUCGCGGAAACGAUACGGUCAGGAACGAGCGGGAUAUCCUGAAACGCUUCCAAGGCCACAGCCACUUCAUCGGACAAUUAAAAGAUGAGGUAGAAGUCCCAGCGAGCUCCGAUCCGGCAAUAGUAUUGGAAUAUCUCGAGGACGACCUCCUGAGUGCCUCGAAGAAGCGGCCCCUGACUGGCAAGGAGAUCAAAUAUGUGUCCAAGCAGGUGCUCCGAGCCCUUGACCUGCUUCACAGCGCCGGUUAUGUGCACACGGAUCUGAAACUCGAUAAUGUGCUGGUGAACUACAAGAACCACGACCACGACUCUGGCAUGCCCAAGACUCUGUCAGAUAUCCACCUUGCAGACUUUGGUGGCACCUCUCAUGUGAAUUCCCAAAUCACAAAGGCCGGGGGUAACCAUUGGGGCGCCCGUCUGGCGAACACCCAGCUCAGCGACGGAGAGUAUGAACUUCAGAUCUUGAUCCAGCAAUCCAAAUAUUUUGGGCCAUUUCCCCCAAAGUACGUGGACCUUGUCCGAAGUGACGAGAUUGCCAUGGCCACCAUCGCAUACGUGCUGGACACUGUCGAGAGUCUGACACCAUUCAACAUGACAACCGAGAGGGAAGUGAGUAAGGCGGAUAAAGAGUUCAUCUGCAAGAUUAUGAAGAUCGAUCCAAGAGACAGGCCGACAGCAAAGGAGCUGCUGCUGGACCCAUGGUUUGAACCCGGACUAGAACUUUCCUGA